AUGGACACAUUUUUAUUAACGCUUUCAAACGACUUUAAUAAAAUUUUAGAGAAUGAACUUUGCUAUGAUUUAAUAAUUACUAUAGGCAAAGAACCUGUUAUCGAUACUUUUAGGGUUCAUUCUGCAAUAUUAUGCGCGAGGUGUCCUUACUUUCAAGUGGCUUUAUCAAAUAAUUGGAUAAAGAAAGAUGAUGAUAAAUUCAUUUUUGCCAAACCAAAUAUCUUUCCAAAGACAUUUGAAGUGAUAUUAAGAUAUUUGUAUGGUGGAACGAUUAAUUUAGAUAGACAAGGAUCUUCAGAUUUAAUCCUUCUUCUUGAAGCCUCAGAUGAAUUGUGCUUAAAUGAAUUGUGUGAAUAUAUUCAAGAUUGUAUUAUUACAAAACAUGAUCUUUAUAAGAACGUAUUAAAAUAUCAUUCAAGAUGGUUUAAAUUUUACCCUCGAGCUCCUGCAAGAGUGAAACCAAUUGAUUCGACAAUUGUAACCUAUAAAGAUGCCGCUAUUUUAGCAAGUUGGAUUGAUGGUAAAGAUAAAGUUAGUAAGGACACUAAGCCCAUGAUGUACGAUUACCAUGAUAACCCUUAUAACUUUAAGCUUCUCUAUCGUGGAAGUCGUGAUGGAUUCACUUAUGGAGCUUUAAAAAAACAUUGUUAUUAUAAGGGUCCAACAAUAGUUGUGGCGAAAAUUAAAGGAAAGCAAGAAUUAAUCGGAGGUUAUAACCCAAUGUAUUGGACAACAUCAGAAUUACCGUAUUCUUCUUCUAGAACAAAAAAUGGAUUUAUAUUUUCCGCAAAGAGGAAUGAUGACAAUUUUCAAGAGGAAGCAACGGUGGCAAGGAUCAAAUAUGAUUAUUCACAUUUUACAGCUUAUAGAGGUUAUCCUUACCUGAGCUUUGGGUUUAAUAAUUUAUCAUUUCACGGGAGAGAAUGUCAUGUUAGAUUUUCUCAUUCUUUAUGUUUCUUUCCUCGAAUUAAGGUACCAGAUAAUUACCUUUUAGAUGAAUUCGAAGUCUUUGCCGUCAUUCCAAAAUCAA